CUCCUUCACUGGGAAAGAUCACUAUAAAUCGAGCGGACGUAUACCAAGAAAUUUUCGGAUUCGGUGGAGCUGUAACUGAUUCAGCAGCUUUAAAUAUUAAUAAUCUAACGUACGAGACGUCCGAGCACUUGUUAAGAAGCUACUUCGGUCCACAUGGUAUCAAUUACAAUUUCAUUAGAACGCCUAUCGGCGGCUCGGAUUUCUCAACGAGACCUUAUGCCUUCACGUCGGAAGAAAACGACACUUUGCUGCACUCCUUCGAUUUGGCGAUGGAGGAUUACGUUUACAAGGUUCAGUCAUUUAUUAAUUAAUAUUUAUUUAUUCGUUUUAUAAAACAAGUCUAUUUCGUUCGAAUAUCGAGAAACAUGUGUACAAGAAAAUAUUCAUAUCAUAUAAGACAAAUGAAG